GCCUGAGGCGGGGGCUCCCGAGCAUUCCCCGGAGCGGGCACCAGGGACCAGCCGCAGUAUGACGGGCAAAGCGGGCGACGCGCUCGCCCACAGCCUGCCCGCCAAACUCAAAGCCCCCGACGGCGCACCUGCUGCUCCUCCUCCUCCGCCGCCGCCACCCACAGCCUCGGGCCCCCCAGGGGCGGCAGGGGCCCCGGUAGGCUCCGUAGCCGCGGGGGGCAAGCCCGUCUCGGGCCCCGCGGCGCCACGCUGCACCGGCUUCGGCAUCCAGGAGAUCCUGGGCUUGAACAAGGAGCCGCCUUCGCACCCUCGCGCGGCCCUGGACUCGUUGCCCGCCGGCCACCUGCUGGCGGCCCGCUCCGUGCUCAGCCCCGCCGGGGUGGGCGGCAUGGGCAUGGGCUUGCUCAGCGCCGGCAGCCUGCCCGGCUUCUACGCGCAGCCCACGUUCCUGGAGGUGCUGGCCGACCCGCCCGGCGUCCACCUACAGCCGUUGGGCCGAGGCCCCGCGCAGCUCGACACCAGCCAGACGGCCAGCUCAGAUUCCGAGGAUGUUUCGUCCAGCGACAGAAAGAUGUCCAAAUCCUCGUUAAGCCAGAGCAAGAAACGGAAGAAGAGGCGGCACAGGACAAUUUUCACAUCCUAUCAACUGGAGGAGCUGGAAAAAGCAUUCAAUGAGGCCCAUUAUCCUGAUGUCUAUGCGAGGGAGAUGCUGGCAAUGAAAACAGAACUUCCUGAAGACAGGAUACAGGUUUGGUUUCAGAACCGAAGGGCCAAAUGGCGGAAGAGGGAGAAAUGCUGGGGCAGAAGCAGCGUAAUGGCAGAAUAUGGGCUCUAUGGUGCAAUGGUACGUCACUCCAUCCCACUGCCAGAAUCCAUCCUCAAAUCGGCCAAGGAUGGCAUAAUGGAAUCCUGCGCUCCUUGGCUGUUGGUUCAAGAUGGCUUUCCCAUGCCCAGGCGCUUUUCUAAACCCGAAUACCAACAAUUCUUUUUAGGGAUGCACAAAAAAUCUCUGGAAGCAGCGGCUGAGGCAGGAAGGAAGCCAGAGGUGGAACGCCAGGCUCUGCCCAAGCUUGACAAGAGUGACAAGGAAGAAAGGGGCCCUGAGUCCAAAACCACCAUUUCCCAGGAGGAACUGAGAGAGAACAGCAUUGCUGCCCUCAGGGCCAAAGCUCAGGAGCACAGCACCAAAGUCCUGGGGACCAUCCCUGGAGAUCCUCCUACAUCAAUCAGGAAGCCAGAGAGAGAGGAAGAGGCAGCCACAGCAGAGGAUGAACGGCAAAUGGAAAAGUCAGAUUUAUCACAAGAGGAAGAUAAGCUGAUUUAGAAGGAAGAGGAUGAUAGGAAAUCAGCCAUCCUCUCUAAGAUUGACUCCUCUAGGAGCUACAACCUCCUCUCAGACUAACAGGGCCCCUCUUGCAGCCCCUACACACAUGGAGGUAGGCCCCACUUGGUCUCUGUACAUUCCAGGAAGCCACGGCUAAGGCCACGUUCCGUCGGGUGUGUCUAUAGAGACUGGUUUCCCUCGGGAGCAUAUUGCCCCUGCAAUCCCUGUCCUCGGGAGCACUCUCGCUCUACAUCCCCACGUUUCAAGGAAAAGGGAGGUAGGAAUCAUGUACCGUCUUAGUCGGAGAGGUAAAUCAAGCUAGGAUUUUUUUCCUCAACACCAGCCAUUAAACCAACGUUGGGUCUUUC